CAUGGUGGCUAUAACAGUAGGCGGUUUCCUGCAGCUUCACCGUUAGAAAGGACAGUUUUCGCAGCUGGCAAUACCGGAGGAAGUCUAGCAGACCUAUUGCAAGUGAGCGAUUUUGACGGAGAAGGCAGCUCGAACAUGGAGAGUGCGCUGCACCAGCGGGAUCAUAUCGGAGUCCAGGACGCCGUUCUGCUGGAGAACUACGAGAGCGAGGAUGCCUUUCUGGAGAACCUGCAGAAGCGGUUCCGGGCGAACCUCAUCUAUACCUACAUAGGGACGGUGGUGGUUUCAGUCAACCCCUACAAGCAGGUCGGUAUCUACGACAAGACCACGAUGGAGACCUACCGCGGAAUCAACUUCUACGAAGAGCCUCCGCACAUCUAUGCCAUAGCAGACACUGCGUACCGUUCCAUGAUGAACGAAGGUCGGGAUCAGUGUGUCCUCAUUUCUGGAGAGAGUGGCUCUGGGAAAACUGAGGCAUCAAAGUACCUGCUACAGUACUUGGCCCAGUGCAUCGGUCACGCCGGUAAAGUGGAUGUGGUGAAGGACAGACUCAUUCAGUCCAACCCUGUCCUAGAGGUAUAUAUAUACAAUAAUAAUAAUUAUACAUCUAUUCAGUGAAUGUUCCAUUAGACUUUACUAUGUAUUGUGUAGUUGACCCUCGGCGCAUGCGCAGUGCGCCAAGGGUUUGCACUUCAUUUAGCUACCCUGGUA